AUGUCUAUCCCUCAAAAUCUCUUAAACAAACGUAUCCAAAUUGAAGAUCAAAUUGCUACGGUUCGUUAUAUUGGACCAGUUCCACCUAAAGGUGAAUGGAUAGGAUUAGAAUGGGAUAAUGUAUCAAGAGGAAAACAUGACGGUGUGCAUGAUGAUGUUAGAUAUUUUACUUGUAGUGUUCCCAAUUCAGGUUCAUUUAUUCGUUAUUCAUCAAAGAUAAAUACAGGUCGUAGUUUUGAUUUGGAUACACUUUAUUGGGCGGGAAAUACCAAGAUCGAAGUUGAAACUUUAGGAUUUGAAAAGAUUCGUCGUAAACAACGUCACCUGGAUCGAUUAUUGGAAGUUGGGCUUUCACUCGAACAAAUAUCAAGUGCGGGUAAACCAGGAGAAAUCGAAGCAACAUACAUUAUUGAUUUGAAUUUAUCAAAGAAUUUAUUAUCAGAUUGGGAGAUAGUUGAUUCUAUAUGUCAGCAACUUAAGAAAUUAGAAGUGUUACGUUUAAAUCAUAAUCGAUUUCAGGCUUUGGAAACGAUCCCAAAAUUUACUGGAUUUUCUAAUUUAAAGAGUCUCUCUUUAAAUUAUACUCGAAUUACUUGGGAUCAGGUUGUAUUGUUUGAGCCAUGUCUUCCAAACCUAGAAAAUUUACAAUUAGGAUUUAAUAAUAUUGAAAAUUUAUCAUCAGGAAAUAAUCAAGAAACUAAUAAAAAAAAAGUGAAAGGAUUUUUGAAAUUAAAAAUUCUUAAUCUUGAAUCUAAUGCUAUAAAUAUGUGGGACGAAGUUAUAAGAUUUUCAGAGUUACCAAACUUUGAAAUCCUUUUCAUCAAUAAUAACUUCAUUGAUCAAAUAUCAUAUCAAAAGGGAGAAGAAGGAGAAGGAUUUCCUAAAUUAAGAUAUUUAAAUAUUAGUGAAAAUAAAAUUAGUGAUUGGAAUAGUAUCAAUGAAUUAAAUAAAUUUCCUUCCUUACAAGAAUUGAGAAUAAAGAAAAAUGCUUUUCUUGAAGAUGAGAAACCUGACGAAGCUCAUGUAUCUAUAAUUGGUAGAAUUAAAGGGUUGAAAAUGUUGAAUGGAAGCAUAAUAUCAUCAGGAAAUAGAGUUGAUGCAGAAAGAUUUUAUCUCAGAAUAUUUAAAGAAUUAUGUGAAAUUCAUGGAACUCCAGUGGCAGAUGAAAUUUCUGUCAAGGCUGCCAGUGGUAUUUUAAAGGAUCGAUUAUUAGCAUUAACAAUAACUCAUCGUCCGUCACUUGAAGGAGAACCUAUAAAAAAGGUUUCAAAGAAACUUUUAGGUAAAAAUUUAAAAAAUUUACUUCAAAAACUAUUUGGAAUACCAUCAUCUCAACAACAUUUAAUUGGUAUUAUUAAUUCUCAGGUUGGAAAUGUAUCACAAGUAGAGAUAAAAGAUGAUUUAAGACAGCUCUCAUAUUAUGAUGUUUCAUCAGGUGAUGAGAUUAUAAUUCUGACUACUGCUUGA